AAAGGAAUACAGUCGCUGGACAACGUUUUCCCACGUUUGCAAGGUUAAUUCACGAAGAUUUUACAUCUCGUGCAGCUCCAAACUGCAAUGUGUGACAUCGCCCUGGACAUAGCGGACCCUCUAUCUGCUGGUUACCGCACGCAUUUCAAGCGUCAGAUGGCCUUUGAUAUGUUCGAUGACACCAUGUCCGUGUUCUCAGCAGUCGAAAAGCAAUCUUUUCAGGAGGUUCCCUCAGGCCUGGACUCUGUCCCUCCUGACCUGGAUCCCAGCAUGGUCCCACUGCUGACACCAUGCAGUAAGGCAGUGAUGAGCCAGGCUUUGAGGGCCAGUUUCAGUGGAUUUUCCAAAGUGCAGCGACACUAUGGGAUUUCCAGCGAUCCCCGCAGAUGGAGCAAAGCAGACGUGCUUCAGUGGCUGUGCUGGGCAGCUGAAGAGUUCAGUCUGUCCAGCAUCAACCUCCUCCAGUUCGAUGUGUGCGGGCAGGAGCUCUGUGACCUUGGGAAAGAGCAGUUCCUGGAGCUGGCCCCUGACUUCGUCGGGGACAUCCUGUGGGAGCACCUGGAUCAGAUGAUGAAAGAUUGCCAAGAGAACCUCAGUGACACUGUACCUUCAGUAUCCAGCUGGAUAGAUAGCUGUCCCAGCGACACUAGUUUGGAUCCUGGCAGCAACGGAAGGAGCUUACUGAGAGAGGAGUUUAAAAGGCAUGACCAGACACCUCUCCUCACCGCCUGCCAGGAGUACCAGCUCUUCCCUAAACCUCAGCUUGACACUGUAACUGUUACCUACACCUCCCUCAACCAGGACUGUUCCAGGAACAAUCCUGGCAAAGCCCUCCGUACAGCCAGGUCCUCGUAUGACCAGAGCUCCUUGGACAGCGAGGACAGUGCCGGGAGCCCGGACUCGUUGCCGCACCCCUGGAGCCAGCCCUCCCAGCCCGACAUGCAGCGGGUUCCGUCCCACGACAGCUUUGACGAGGACAGCGGCUCGGGGCCCCUCGGCCUAAGCAUCCAGGGCUUAUCCUUCAAGGACUAUGUGCAGGAGAAGGAGGAGCCCAUGGAGCCAGGCCAGGCUGUCAUCCCGGCCUCCACACUGGCUGGUUUCACUGGCAGUGGUCAGAUCCACCUGUGGCAGUUCCUGCUGGAGCUCCUGACAGACCGAACCUGCCAGUCUUUCAUCAGCUGGACGGGAAACGGCUGGGAGUUCAAACUCAGGGAUCCUGACGAGGUGGCACGGCGGUGGGGCCGGCGGAAGAACAAGCCGAAGAUGAACUACGAGAAGCUGAGCAGGGGCCUGCGGUACUACUACGACAAGAACAUCAUCCACAAGACCCUGGGCAAGCGCUACGUGUACCGCUUCGUCUGCAACCUCCGCGGCCUGCUGGGCUACUCUGCGGAGGAGCUGCACCUUAUGCUGGGGGUCCAGCCUGAUAAAGAGGACUGAACCACCUGUUACACUGCAGGGGGGGGGGGGAGGGGGGGAUGGAAUCCCCCCUAAAGGAAAACUCACUAAUGGUUGAGGCCUUUAUGAAGGUUUCCGUUUCUGGUCAAUUAGUAGGGAGAGAUGGACUGAGCUGAAUGUUGCUGUAUUCCCUGGGCUGCACUGACAAGAGGAACCUUUUUCCUGGCAAGAGGAAACUAUAUCAUUUUAACCAAGAGGGUCGUCCCUCAGUGAUUUUUAAAGGGGUAGUGUCUGUUCCCUUUCAAUGCAUGUUCACUGAAAAGAGCCUGUUUUCUUGUGGGAAUACAGGCCCCCAUGGGAUGAUUUUUUCCAGAUUCCUCCUGUUGAGAUGAGGAAGUGACAUGCUGGUGCUGAGAAACGAAUUAUGAAUUAUGGCCCUUAAAAGCGAUGGAAUCCAACAGAUUCCUCAUUAAUGAACAGCUAGAGGACUGCACUAUAGUCUGGCUGCAUUUUUAUUUAUAUCCUAAGUGAUUAUUAGUGUAUCUGUUAUGUUUAUGUUUAAUCUAUUAGCCGUAGUGUAACUGUAACAGGACCUCUGAUGGUUCACAGAAAAAGAUACUUUUAUCAAUGAAUGUAUGUUUCAUUGGGAGGUCUGUACUUCUGUUUUUGUGGAAAAAAAUCCAUUUGACCUGCAAAUACAAACUACAGUGCUAGAUAAACUUUAGCCCCAAUUAAUACUGCUGAAUCUGUCAGAGACUUGUGUCACCUACAGCUGAAACACUACACUCAUCUCAUGUUGAAUGGAGUUUGCAAUUAUAACAAUGCCUUUAAAGCAAUAAGGGUCAAUCAAAAUGACUUCAGUAAGGGUGCAAACCACCAGUCCACUGAACUCUGUUAGAAC